AUGGCUGGAGCUAAAAAUAUAGUUCAAGUAUCAAAUUACAAAGAGAGAUUUGAGAAAGAUGCAAUGGUUCAUACAUGGUGGAGUGGCAAAGGUACAAUAGUAGAACAGUCUUCACAAGAUUUACCAAAACAAAAUUUUGAGAAUGUAGAAAAUAAAUUCUUUUUAUCAGAUGAUGAUCCAAGACUUCAAGAAGGAGUAAACUUUUUUAAGAGAACAGAAACAGAUGAAGAAAUUUCAUCAUGGUGGAAAGAAAUGAGACCUAAAAUGCUAAAUAUAAUUCAUUCAAAAGUGAAAACUUUCAAACAUAGAGUUUUAUUUAAUAAUAAGAGAAAAAGAAGAAAAUAAAGAGAAUAUAGUGAAGUUUUUAAAUAUUUUCUGUACUAUAUUUUACAAUAAUGUGGAAAUAAAGUAUUUAUAAAUGAUAUAGUAUGACUAAUGAAAAUAUAAAUGAAAACAGAUCAACGUUUGGCCAAACUGAAAGUAAAACCAGAAUAUAUUUAAAAUUAGUUUAGAAAAAAUAAUUUGAAAUAAUAAUUUUUGAAACAAAUGUCAUGGUUUAACAACUUUGUAAAAUAUCAUCUGUUAUGCUACAUUUUGUAUGCAGACAUUUAAAAACUUGUAUUUUAUACUGUAAAUAAAUAAAAUAAAUAAAAAAAUAGUUG